AAUACACUCUGAGGGUGGCGGAAGAGGGGCGGAAGUGACGGAGACUUGGGGACGUUUCUUGUUCUGUCAGCUGUGUCUGCCCGGUGUUGCCUGCGAUUUCUGGUAUUCAAUGGAACGGCUGGCAGUGGCGCUUGUGGGCACACAGUGAGUGGGGACCAGGAUUUUUACUUGUACGUGUUUGGUCUUCGAGGUGCAAGAUGAGUGGCAUAGCGCUUGGAAUUGAGAUAGUCUCUGUGUUUUUUCUGGCUCUUUUCCUUCUUCACCGAUAUGGGGACUUUAAAAAGCAGCACAGACUUGUCAUUGUGGGCACACUUUUAGCCUGGUAUCUGUGUUUCCUUAUAGUUUUUAUUAUACCUCUGGAUGUUAGUACGACGAUAUACAAUCGAUGCAUUGCAAGACAUGCGGUCACUCCGGUACCCAGCAACGUAAGCCUGCCUAGCCCCACUCCUGGGAUUGUAUCAAAUGCCAGCACUGAGCACCAUCUUCCUAGCUCUGACAAAAUAAGGAGCAGUGACAGUUCACUAGAGGAGUGUUCCAAGCCAUGGAGCUACAUUCCCAGGGGAAUCAUGCCAAUCUUCUGGCGUGUUGUUUAUUGGACAUCCCAGUUUCUUACUUGGAUUCUCCUGCCAUUCAUGCAGUCCUAUGCUCGCUCCGGAGGCUUUUCCAUUACAGGAAAGAUUAAAACCGCUCUGAUUGAAAAUGCAAUUUAUUAUGGCACCUACUUGUUAAUCUUUGGAGCACUUUUAAUAUAUGUUGCUGUCAAUCCUAAAUUACAUCUGGAAUGGUAUCAACUGCAAACCAUCGGGAUAGCUGCAGCCAACACGUGGGGUCUGUUCCUCCUGGUUCUGCUGAUGGGAUACGGUUUGGUGGAAAUUCCUCGAUCCCAGUGGAAUGGAGCAAAGAAGGGCUACCUGUUGAUGAAAACGUACUUCAAGGCAGCUAAGCUCAUGACAGAGAAGGCAGAUGCAGAAGAAACACUGGAGGAUGUCAUGGAGGAAGUUCGCAAAGUCAACGAAUGCAUUAAGUAUAACCAUCCUCUGCGCAAAUGUGUUGAUACCAUUUUAAAAAAGUGCCCUGCUGAGUACCAGGAGAAAAUGGGACGGAACAUGGAUGACUAUGAAGACUUUGAAGAAAAGAAUAUCAGUUAUCCUAGUGAAAAAACACUAGUGAAACUUCACAAACAGGUGAUAUAUGCUGUCCAAAGACAUCGGCGGACACAAGUGCAGUGGAGCAUUCUCCUGGAACAAGCCUUUCACCUGGAAGAUGUGGCUAAGAAUGAAGGCAGUGCAGCAAAGCAGUUUGUCCAUUCCUUCCCCCACCAGGAGCCAGAAAGCUGGAUCAUGCGUCGUCUGUACACCCCUACUGUUGAGUGGUACUGGGAGUGCCUCCUGCGGCCUUGGUGUGCCAGAAUACUGGCUGUUAUUUUGGCUUUAUUUUCCACCGUGGUUGUGUGGUCAGAGUGUACUUUCUUCAGUGCUAAGCCAGUCCUGUCUCUCUUUGCUGUGUUUAUACAGCAAGCCGAACAAACGCACAACUACAUUUACGUAGAGGUGGUCUGCUUCCUUUCCAUAUUCUUCUUGAGCAUCUGUGUUUACUCAACAGUCUUCAGGAUUCGAGUGUUUAACUAUUAUUAUUUAGCAUCUCACCACCAAACUGAUGCCUACAGCCUUCUGUUCAGUGGCAUGCUGUUCUGCCGUUUGACUCCUCCUUUAUGUCUAAACUUCUUGGGACUGACUCACAUGGACGUAUCAAUCUCUCAUGAGGAUAUUGAGCCUACUGCAUACACAUCUAUAAUGGGAUCUUUAAGAGUUUUGCCUCUUAUUGCUGAUGUAUUUUAUAUAUACUACCCCAUGCUGGUUCUGAUUCUCUGCAUUGCAACAUACUUCAGUCUGGGAACUCGAUGUUUGAACUUGCUCGGUUUUCAGCAGUUCAUGGGUGACAAUGACAUGACGUCCGACCUCACAGAUGAAGGGAAGGAGUUAAUAAGAAGAGAGAAAAGGAAGCGGCAGAGACUAGAAGAUGGUGAAACACGCAGGAGGGAGUGGAAAGAGCGCUAUCCUACUAACAGAGAAGACACCAGCCGGAACCGAAACGUGAAUUCAGACCAGAAAGAGCCUACUUAUACUGAAAUGACCACAAACAGAUCAUCCAAAUACACCCGCGCAAGCAACAGAACCGAAAGGGAUCGAAUAGAACUGCUGCAGGAUGCAGAACCCUUGGAUUUCAAUGCUGAUACCUUUAAUGAUGAUCCACUGGAUUCAGAAUCAGGAAGGUACCAACCUGGUGGCCGCUAUUUAUCCAUGUCUCAAUCAAACAGCAGAAUUUUUGACGAUGUAUAAACCAGAAGCACAUGGACCAGAACAUACCCUUUCCAAAAAUGGGACAUAUCCAAAUCCUUUGCAUAUACCCUGGAUCAUAUUAAAGCAUGGUAUUCGAUAUCUCUCGGAAGGCAGAAUUGCUGUCGACUCCUUGUAAAGUGGCCUAUGAGAUCCUCGUUUACAACCAUACUCGCUUUGCACAUACGGUGACUGUGCCACAAUCAUAGAGGUGGUAGGUACUGGGCAGAGUGGAAUGUGUUUAACUGUCCAGAAUUAGACUUAAAUCCCCACAACAACGACUGCAAUGCACAAUAUAAUGCAGACAAAAAGCAGAAACACGUUGCCCAAUAUGGACACUAGGAGUGUGUAACUGUACAGAAAUGAAAGUGUUGGAAAUUUGCAAUGAAGUUACAGACACAUCAGUACUGAUUUUGGAAGAUAUGCUGUUUUUUUUAUUUACAUUCCCUAAUGCUAUUACCUCAUGUGAAUGUAUACUGGGAGCAUUGAGGGGAUUUGUAUUAUUCAUCUAUAUUCCUCUGCUCACAAGAGACAACUAUAUACCUUUAUUUAUUCACAUGGGCAGGGUUUGCUGUAGUCCUGUAACCAACAGCAGCCAAUCGGUGGUUUGCUUUCAUAAUUCUGACUAAAGGGGAUCUGUAAAAUCUAGCUGCUGAUUGGUGGUUGGACAUUGCAGACAAGGCAAACUUUGCCCAUGUUACAAUUUAACCAGUAAAAGUUCUAGUUUUAUAUCUGGCUAGUACCAGAUGGAAUGGUACUACCUACUGACAGCUCAAAUGGGCAGCUCUUUGCUGUGUGAUAUGAGCAGAACAGAAGGGAUCAUAUUUAUGCAUCUCAUGUUAUUAUGAACACUUUGCAGAAACAUGCCUUACACCAUUAUCCUGCUGUGAGCAUUGCAUGGAAGCAGAGUUACACACUGGGGAACAUGUAUCAGUUUCUCUUUCAACUAAGAUAUUUUUGAAAGAUUUAAAGGAGAAGGGAAGGUAUAUUUACUGGGGGCAGCCAAUGUAUUAUGCUUCCCCCUGCUUAUAACAACUUACCUGGGACCCUAUAGUGGUGCUUAUGUUAGCUACAAACUGCCUGGGGCACUAAUGUAUGAGCGCCCCACUGCCAUCUUGCUCUUUCUGGGUCUUCUCUGCAUUCUGUUCUGGGAGUGAAAAGCUGAAAGUAGAAACAAAGAGCUUUUGACGAAGAUCCCAGAAGUGGAAGAUGGCAAUAUGGUUCUCUUUAAGAAGUGCCCUGGUUCAGUAGCCUGUGGUGUGCCUAACAUUUAGCUUCCCCCCAUUCGUUUUACCUUUCCUUCUCCUUUAAUGUUUAAUUUAAUGACUAUUUAUUUCCAGAAUAGCCUUUUGUAAAAGUGCCGCUCCUCAUCUCUCAUUUCUGAUUACUUCCCCCCAUAGGCAUCUAUGAACAUUGUUGCAAAUGAUUCUGAUAUUUAAUAGACAAAUCAAGGAAAGGGUUAGAUUACCUUAAUCAGUGACUCACAAAACUGCCUUUUUAUUGCCAAAUCAGAUAUUGAAGUAGCAAGUCAUUUAGAAAUUAUGAUUUUAUUUUUAAUUACAGCUGAUUGAUAAAUAUGCCCCAUUGUCCUGUUUCCUCCAGUGAUUAUUGCAAUGUAGGAGAUACAUGCAAAAUGUGCCUGUCUGCAUUUUAUAGCUAAAAGUAUAACCAUUAAAUGAAGACUGAGGGUUCUAAAAUUACAUAUAAGCAGGGGUCAUUUACUACACAGGGGUAAAAUGUGCAAAAAAUGGACACAGUCUGCCAUGUUUGUCGUACUUUGCUGCCUGCCCUGUGGAUAGUAGAAUGGCUCUGUAUCUCUGCACUCUGUCAAUACAGUUCUGCCUGCAUCUGCUAUAUUCAUAAAGGGUGCCAGGGGGAGGUAUGAAGGCACCUCCUUGUCCCCUAAAUUGUGCAUCAAUCAGACGUGCAGGUUAGAGAGCAGUGGCAAAUGCAGGUCGCAACGGGGCAGGCAGUAAGCUCAAUUCUGGCUUGUGUCCAACGAUUAGGUGCAAAGUGCAGCCUGACCCAAACAGAACACUAAAUCUGGGCAAACACAGAAAGAUCUGAUCAUUUGGUGAGGCCUCCAAACAAGCGGAUCUUUCCCCAAUAUGCCCACCUUGAGCUGGGCAAUACCUUAUUAAUCCCAUCUUAUGGCCCUCAAGCCAGACGUUCCAAUGACAUUGCAGAGAUAGAGGACGUUGGAAUGAGUACCGCAUUCAAUGCGCCAAUGUGCUCCUCAUCCCAAGGGGUUUUUUUUUCUCAUAUAAAUCUGGCUAUAUAAAUUCCGCUAGAUAUCGGUCUGAGGGCCCCAGACACAGGCCAAUAAGCUGCAGCUUUUAUCAACCUAUUUAUGGUCAGCUAAGGGUAUGAUUUUGCACCAUAAUAAAUGACCCCUAAGAACUCUACCAACGUGGAGCCCCCCCCCCUCGUUUUAUGCAUGUUUUAAUUUAAUAGUGUUUUGUAAUAAUACUUUUUUAUGUUUUUCUUGGCAAUUUAUUUUUGAGUGCUGUGAUGUCCACAGGAAAUUGUCUCUCCUCUCGGAGUGGCCAUACACGUAAAGAUCCGGAGGUUGCCAAACGAAUUGAUCUUCUCCCAAUGUGCCCACCUAAGGUGGCUGAUGUCGGGCUAAUUUGAUUGUUUGGCCCUAGGGCCAAACAACAGGUUUAGCAGCUGUUGGAAGGAGGACCGCAUGAAAAUCAAACCUGCUUGAUUGACACCUGGUCAAUUUUCAGUCAGAUAUCAGUUGGGGGGCCCUGUAUACGGGCAAAUAAGCUGCUUAAUCGGUGUAAAGGACUCCAGUCUGCCCGUGUAUGGCCACUUGUGUAUUGGCAACAAAUUAUUAUCUGAAUCAGUUACCUUACAUAUCGAUACAUUCAUCCCUAAAGGGAAAGUUCUCCCUUACAAUAAAUGUUAGUACAUUAUAGACUGACCUACUGUAAGCAACUUCUUAGUUGGUUUUCAUUAUUUAUUUUGCUAGAAUUAAAUGCACAGAGACAAUAUUGUGCAGAACCUGAAGCUUCUGAAAUGUGUUAUUUUUGGGUUCGGUAUGAAUAUUUUUCUGUAAUAGGGGUCUAAAUUGCUCCUCUCUGUAUGUUUUAUGAUUUGUAUUCUUUUUGCCGGGGGUUAAUGACUCCACUGUGUGUAUAUCUGGCUCUUAUUAUGUAACGGCCUUGCAGUGCGACCUGGAGCUGCCUUGUAGCUACGCUGUAAAUAUUUUAGCAACUGUACAUUCACUGUGCCGGGAUUUUAUUGCAGAAAUUGCCUGUUUUUUUUACCUUGAUCUGUUUGAAGCUGAUUGUUGGUUUGUAUUCUUAAAUACUGCUCUAGUAAAUCUGUCUAGUGAGAGUGAA